ACACACGCUCACGCACGCACACGGGACAAGGGGAGCACAUUUCUGCGCAAGCUCUUCCCCACAAUAGCAAUAAUAAUAAAAAAAAGCCUUCAGUGAAAGGAGGGGGAAAUAAAAGGGGGUAAAAUGGUAAAGUACAUUCGACAGCAUAGCAGCGAGCUGAGAAGCGAAGAGGUCCUGUCGGAGCCUGACGCGUCCAAGGAGCAGCGGGGGAGAUUCGGAGAGAUGUCCGGCUGCGCUCUCAGCGACGCUUUCUACUCCGAAUGUUCCGCAAUGGACCAGAUCGGGACUUUCAUGCGGAACGUGCAAGUGCUGCUGGAGGCGGCCAGCUACAUCGAAAGCGCCGAGAAGAGCAACGGAAAAUGUGAGCAUGGUUAUGCUUCAGCAUACCCUGAAGCACAGAUUGCACAUCAACAAAAACAUCGCAAAUUCAAGAACAGGAAAGUGGACAACAUGCACAACAGAUCAGCACACAAUGAGCUGGAAAAGAAUAGGCGAGCACAUCUCCGCCUGUGUUUGGAGAGGUUGAAGUCACUCAUCCCUCUGGGACCAGACUGCAGCCGGCACACCACACUGGGACUGCUCAACAAGGCCAAAGCACACAUCAAGAAACUUGAAGAGGUAGACCGAAGGAGUCAGCACCAACUGGAGACCUUAGAAAGGGAGCAGCGGCACCUACAGAGGCAGCUGGCUCUGCUGCAGCCUCAUGGAGAAAGAGAGAGGGUCCGCACAGACAGCCUUGGCUCCCGCAUGGACUCGGACCGCUCAGAGUCUGACAGAGAGGAAAUUGAAGUGGACGUGGAAAGCACUGAGUUCUCCCAUGGAGAAAUGGACAGUGUUAGCACCAGUGGUGCAAGCGACCUGGACGACCACAGCAGCCGGCAGAGCUUAGCCAGUGACGAGGGUUACUCCACCUGCAGUCUGAAACUUGCCUUCAACGCUUAAACAACCAGCCUAUACCUACACUGAAGCUGCAAUAUUUUUAUGGCUUUCUCCCUUCAAAGUACCAGCCUAGAGCUCCGUUCUCCCUCGAUCUUCUACAAACAAACCAGCCUCCACACAUAAGAAAAUCAAAUAUAACUCUCCCCCAGAACCAGCCUUAAGUUCAGUACACUCCCCUUCAGAAAAGCAGCAGCCUUCUCUCUAUCACAUUAUAACAAUAAUACAACUUUGAUAAUGUACAACCGUUAUCAAAACAUCGUUCCCUUUACCUUUUGUAAGUUCAAGUGAACUAUACUCGUUUUAUAAGUCGAUCUUGAGGAGGACCUGUUAUUUAACCAGUGUCAAACACUGAAGGAAGAACUCUGCUUUAAACAAGCUGAUCUUUAAAUAAAACUAAAAAAAAACAACAACCAGCAAAUCCCAUUUUCACUCACACACACACACACACACACACACACACACACACACACACACACAAUCAGUGAGGAGCUCACCAUUGGAAACAUCUGCGCCACAUGCCUUGUAAAAACGAAAAAAAAAAAAAGCCCUUUUUUUCUCCACAGGAUAACACGUCCAGACAGCACUUCUUGUUAACGUACAAGCCGGCAAGGGCUAAAAUCCAGCUUGCGUUCUAAAAUAAGGUCCACAAGUCUGUUACUCAUGCUUUAGGAUCCACAAAUCAAUCCUUGAUUUCAUGUGGCAUCCCUCUUCUUCAACAAGACAGUCCAAUCAAGACAGGCGGCGUGUCGUCCACCUGUUACUCCUAAUAUAUUUUGCAUGAUUCUAUUUAUUUUUGAUAUAUUUAAUUGUACUUUAGUUGUGCUUGAAUGGCAAACCUUUCAUCACUGUUUCUAAAUGUCUGCCAAACUGACUUAGUAGGAACCCCCACGAGAAGCAUUUGCUGUGCUGAGUUUAACCCAUUGCUCAGUGUUUAGUUCAAUGCUUUCACACUGUGUGCAAAUUCAAUUUUAGUCGGUAAUAAGCUAACCUAGCACUUGCCCAAGCACAAAGCUCAAGCAAUAAUGUCUAGUUUGAUCAUGUGAGUAAUGUUGGCUGGGUUUGAUAUUUUUUUUUUCCCCCAUCCAUCCAAUUCCAAAUAUGAGGAUAUACACUUGCUUUUGGUAGUAGAAUCAGCGACUAAUAAUCAGCAGUAAAAUGAUUGUAAUUGACUUGAAACGCUAUGGUGCAUGUGUCUUGAAUGUAGCCUUUCUAAUAUUGUAAUGUAUUUUGAAUUGACAAGUCUGAUAUUAAUAAUGAUGUUGGUAGCAUGAACAGCAAGUGACAGAAUAUCGGUUUUGGUUUAUACUUCAGUGUUUAAUACUGUAUCUUUUUUUUUUUUUGUACUGUAGCCGAGAAGGGAUAAGUUGAAUUUCUUGACAUUUGAAGACUUUCCACUGAAAUUCAGAAUAUAUUUAAUACAAAACUGCACAGCUGAUUUGUUUCAUCAAUUGAAACCAAAAAUAGAUAUUUCAAUAUAAACAUUUAUCUGCGUUCUUCUGAACAAAGUCCUAAGUAAAUCACCACCAAUUUGUGUCUUAACGUGGGGAUUGUCCGACGCCUUGUCGUUGGAGAUCGGUCCCCGACCCAGCGUGUUUGGGGAAACUGCAAAAAAAUAAAUGAAAUGCACUAUUUAAAGAAAAUGUCAAUUAUGUCGAGGCACAAUGUUUUUCUUAUGCUUACUAAGCCAUCCAAGGUGACUUUUGUGCAAAAUACAUGCUGCUGGUCCCCUGCUAACAAUUUGUUACAACUCCUGGAAACUAUUCCUAGAAUCUUAAUUAAACCUUUACAAAAACA